UUGAUGAGCGCGUCCAGUAAUGACUGGGGGAUCUCGGCAAGUAACAUGACUAAAAAGAAGCGGGAGAGUCUGGGCGUCGCUCUGGAGAUCGAUGGGUUAGAGGAGAAACUGUCCCAGUGUCAGAGAGAUCUGGAGGCCGUGAACUCCAGGCUCCACAGGGCGGAGCUGAGCCCAGAGGCCAGGAAGUCUCUAGAGAAGGAGAAAAACAGCCUGAUGAGCAAAGCCUCCAACUAUGCUAGGUAUCUGGCAGAGGGCAGGACUCAGGAAACAACGUGUGGCUCUACCUGCCACUUAUUCCAGGGAGGUCCCAGCUGCCCUCAAGAGUUCAUAGUUGGCCAGAUGAGACACCUGCAAGGAUAAACACCACAGAGCCAACCCUGUGACAGGCAAGAGGACUCACCAGUUGUGUCAUACCACCUCCUAACUUGGUGACCCCCUCACCCACCCCACCCUCAAACUCAACUACAUUUGAAGAGAAAUGGUUAAACAGCAUUGGGAGUGACUUUAUUAGGCUGAGAUCUGUAGCCAGAAGGGUGUGAGGAUCUGGGCAGGGACAACAUCAUUUUUAUGGGUAAAAAGGGACCUCUGUUCUCAGCAGUAUGCAAAGCAGACAGGAACAAUAGAGGGGUCUAAACCACCUGCCCCAUCCUCACUCUCUUUU